CCCCCUCCCCACCACAUGGCCCUGCCCAACAUCCUGCGCGGCCUCAGCAUCGCCGUGGUCCUGGUGGGCAAUUUCAGCGAGAUGGCGCUGGCCGGGGCCCGGGAGAAGGAGGACUUUCUUCACAUGGCGCCCAACGUGGAGGUGCUGACCAUGAAUGAAACGGACCCUAAAAGCAUCAUCAAGAGCAUCUGCGACCUAAUGACGGAGCACUGGCUGCAGGGUGUGGUGUUCGGGGAUGACACCGACCAGGAGGCCAUCGCCCAGAUCCUAGACUUCAUUUCUGCCCAGACUCAUAUCCCCAUCCUCGGAGUCCGCGGGGGUUCCUCCAUGAUCAUGGCUGCCAAGGAUGACAACUCCAUGUUCUUUCAGUUUGGCCCCUCCAUCGAGCAGCAGGCCUCGGUCAUGCUGAACAUCAUGGAGGAAUACGACUGGUACAUCUUCUCCAUCGUAACUACAUACUACCCGGGUUAUCAGGACUUUGUCACCAAGAUCCGUAGCACCAUCGAGAACAGCUUUGUGGGCUGGGAACUGGAGGAAGUUUUACUACUCGACAUGUCCAUAGAUGACGGAGAUUCAAAGAUCCAGAACCAGCUGAAGAAGCUCCAGAGCCCUGUCAUUCUUCUCUACUGCACAAAGGAGGAGGCCAACACCAUAUUCGAGGUGUCCCAUUCUGUUGGGAUUACUGGCUACGGCUACACGUGGAUAGUGCCCUCGCUGAUAGCCGGAGACACUGAUGUAGUGCCUGCAGAGUUCCCCACAGGUCUGCUCUCUGUGUCCUAUGACGAGUGGGACUACGGCCUAGAGGCUCGCGUCCGCGACGGCGUGGCAAUUAUCACGAUGGCAACAUCCACCAUGAUGAUGGACCGCGGCCCUCACACCCUGCUGAAGUCCGAGUGCCACGGAGCUCCUGACAAGAAGACCCCCAUCUCAGGCAACCCUAACGAAGUGCUCAGGUACCUGAUGAAUGUGACGUUCGAGGGGCGUAAUCUGUCGUUCAGCGAGGACGGAUACCAGAUGCACCCCAAGCUGGUCAUCAUUCUGCUCAACAAGGAGAGACAGUGGGACAGGGUGGGUAAAUGGGAGAACGGUUCCCUAUCCAUGAAGUACCAUGUGUGGCCUCGCUAUGAACUGUAUGGGGGGGCAGCAACCAGGGAGGAUGACCAUCUGUCCAUUGUGACAUUGGAGGAGGCUCCGUUCGUCAUUGUGGAAGACGUGGAUCCGCUUAGUGGGACCUGUAUGAGGAACACUGUGCCCUGCCGGAAACAGAUCAAAACACUUAAUCAAACAAAGGAUUCAGGGAUCUACAUCAAGCGUUGCUGUAAGGGUUUCUGUAUCGACAUCCUGAAGAAGAUUGCCAAGUCGGUCAAGUUCACGUACGACCUUUACCUGGUUACUAACGGCAAACACGGCAAGAAGAUCAAUGGAACAUGGAAUGGCAUGGUGGGAGAGGUGGUGUUGAAAAACGCCCACAUGGCCGUUGGCUCCUUGACCAUCAACGAGGAGAGAUCAGAGGUCAUCGACUUUUCCGUCCCCUUCAUUGAGACGGGCAUCAGUGUCAUGGUCUCCCGUAGCAACGGCACUGUUUCGCCCUCGGCCUUCUUAGAGCCCUUCAGUGCGGAUGUGUGGGUGAUGAUGUUCGUGAUGCUGUUGCUGGUGUCAGCAGUGGCUGUGUUUAUAUUCGAGUACUUCAGCCCUGUGGGCUACAACCGCUGUCUGGCUGACGGCAGAGAGCCUCAUGGUCCAUCUUUCACCAUUGGUAAGGCCAUCUGGCUCUUGUGGGGUCUGGUCUUCAACAACUCUGUGCCAGUGCAGAACCCCAAAGGCACCACCAGUAAGAUCAUGGUGUCAGUGUGGGCCUUCUUUGCUGUCAUCUUUCUGGCCUCCUACACUGCCAACUUGGCUGCUUUCAUGAUCCAGGAGGAAUACGUGGACCAGGUAUCUGGUCUCUCAGACAAAAAGUUCCAGAGUCCCAACGACUUCUCGCCUCCGUUUCGGUUCGGCACUGUCCCAAACGGGAGUACAGAAAGAAACAUAAGGAAUAACUAUCCAGAGAUGCACGGCUACAUGACAAAGUUCCAUCAGAGAAACGUCAACGAGGCUCUGCAGAGUCUCAAGGCUGGCAAACUAGACGCUUUCAUUUAUGAUGCGGCCGUACUGAACUACAUGGCUGGCAGGGACGAGGGCUGCAAGCUGGUGACCAUUGGCAGCGGCUACAUCUUUGCCACCACUGGGUACGGCAUCGCCAUCCAGAAGGAGUCUCUCUGGAAGAGACAUGUGGACCUGGCCAUCUUGCAGCUCUUUGGAGACGGUGAAAUGGAGGAGCUAGAGUCCCUGUGGCUGACAGGAAUCUGCCACCACGAGAAGAAUGAAGUGAUGUCCAGCCAGCUGGAUGUGGACAACAUGGCGGGUGUCUUCUACAUGCUCGGAGCCGCCAUGGCUCUGUCACUCAUCACCUUCAUCUGCGAGCACUGGUUCUACUGGCAGCUGCGCUUCUGCUUCAUGGGGGUCUGCUCCGGCCAACCCGGCUUCGUCUUCUCCAUCAGCAGGGGCAUCUACAGCUGUAUCCACGGGGUGCAGAUUGAAGAGAAAAGCAGCUCAGCAUUGAACUCCCCAUCAGCCACCAUGAACAACACCCAUUCCAACAUCAUGCGCCUCUUACGCACCGCCAAGAACAUGGCCUCCCUGUCAGGGGUGAACGGCUCACCGCACAGCGCUCUGGACUUCAUCCGCCGCGAAUCCUCCGUUUAUGACAUCUCCGAACACCGGCGCAGCUUGGCGGGCCACUCGGACUGCAAGCCACCGUACCUGCCAGAAGACAACAUGUUCAGCGACUACAUCAGUGAGGUGGAGAGGACGUUUGGCAACAUCCACCUGAAGGACAGUAAUCUGUACCAGGACCACUACAUGCACCAUCAUGGCUCAACACUAGGGCUCAGCGGACCCCCUGCCAACAGGCCCCAUAGUUUGGGCAGCGCUAGUUCUCUGGAGGGCGGCAUGUUCGACUGUGACAGCCUAGGUGGAGGGGUGGCCCCUAUUUUCACCACCCAGCCCUGCUCAGCACUGACCCACAGGAACAUGAGCAAAUUUGACCUGCUGUCUGGACAGACUCCUCCCCCGAGUCAGGGCUUCAAGGGAGGCCUGCCUGACCUGUACGGGAAGUUUUCUUUCAAGGGAGGUGCCUCAAGUUCCACCUUCAUCCCUGGGCACGGUUACUGUGGAGGGAGAGGAGAUGACGAUGGGAACAUACGUUCAGAUGUCUCUGACAUUUCCACACACACGGUAACUUACGGGAACCUGGAGGGUAACGCCAAGAAGCGCAAACAAUACCGUGAUAGCCUGAAAAAGAGGCCGGCCUCUGCCAAGUCCAGACGGGAGCUGGACGAGAUCGAGCUAGGCUACAGAAGGAAACCUUACCACAUCAGCCACCACCACUACCAUGGCCACCGCUCCUCCUCCCCGCCACUUUUCCCCGCUGAACGCAAGCGAGGAGGAGGAGGUGGAGGAGGAAACAAUGACGGUAACUCCUAUCUCUUCAGAGAAAAGGAGAGUGUUAGGGAUUUUUAUUUGGACCAGUUUCGGCCCAAAGAGGGCGUGCCCCAGUGGGAACAUGUGGACCUGACAGAGGGUCCUGGGAGUAGAGAAGGAGUAGUGGGGACCUGCACCACCCUGGUUCCAGUGGAUGACUUUCUUAAGAGCAAACCCAAAAAGUCAGAUUCAAAGAGUGGGGGAGGAUCUGGGCUGGCAGGGGGAGACUGGGAGUGCAGGAACUGUCGGGCCAGUGGGGGAGGAGGAGGCAAACAGAUGUCCAUGCAUGGAGGAGGGGGUGGUGGCGGGUAUGGUGGUGGUAUGAGCUGCGGGUCUUCGGGAGGCGGAGGAAACAGCCGACCCAGCUCUGCGACCUGCAUGCGCUGCGAGGGCUGUAAAAAGACAGGAAACCUCUAUGAUAUCAGCGAGGACAACAACCACCUCUUGGAACAGAUGGGGGGAGGGAAAGGUGGGGGAGGAGGUGGAGGUAUGGGUGCAGGCCCUCAGUCUCAAUCUCAGGCCCAGCAGAGGAGGAAGAGCGGAGGGUUCGGCAAGCCACUUAGGAGGCAGCACUCGUAUGACGCGUUCGUCGACCUCCAGAAAGAGGAGUCGGGCGGGAUGGGAAGUUUGAUGGGGGGUCUGGGUGGAAUCGGAGGGAUGAGCAACGCAGGUGUAGGAGGAAUGCUGCCCCCACCCAGGAGUGUCAGCUUGAAGGAGAAAGAACGCUACAUGGAGGGCACCAGCCCCUUCGCACACAUAUUCGAGCGCCAUGGGGGCUCGGAGAGAGAAAGGGAAAGAGACAGGGACCCACUGUUUUACGGAGGUGAGGGCCGGAAAGGACCCGGCUCACCAUUCGGCCUGUUUAGAGGUGGUGAUGGCCUGCACCGCCGCUCCAUAGGUGAGAGAGACAUGAGAGACCGGGAUAGGUCUUUGAUGGAAGGCGGGGCAGCAUUCUCUUUAUCCAAAUCUCUUUACCCCGACCGGGUAAACCAAAACCCCUUUAUACCCACCUUUGGCGACGACCAGUGUCUGAUGCACGGAGCCAAACAAUAUUACAUGAAAAAGCAACAGCAGCAGCAGCAGCAGCAGCAGCAGCAACAAGUUGCCAAAAACAGCCGAAGUGACUUCAGGGGCCAGAUGAGUACAACAUCUUAUCUGCCAGCAUCCGCCACGGCCGGGGUAAUGUCCAAUGUGGCCCCCCGGUUCCCGAAAGAGCUCAGCCUCGGUGGAAUGAACCACCACGGCUCCAUGCUGGGGGUCGGCCCCCCGCGCCCCUUCAAUGGAAGCAAUGGCCAUGUGUACGAGAAACUCUCCAGCAUUGAGUCUGACGUGUGA